GCUGGCAAGCGGGCGUGAAGUCGGUCGGCUUGUGUGCAAGAAUCCGAUCUGAAUGUGACACCGCGAGUGCUGAUUCGCUGUUCGAAAGGCUGCAGGCGGACUUCGCUUGUUUCUAUCCACCGAGUUCUACGCGAAGCUGGCGUUUUUCUCGAAGUUCACGUCGUUGAUAAACAGCUGCAAUUUCGAAUCUUUGAGGCUUCGUUCAACACGUUCAACUCACACGCGAGUCGAUACCCGAAACAGGAUGUUAGGCGGAGGGAGAAGACGGGACAAAAAGAAACAAGAGUGAUAUAAGAAAGAGGAAGAAAACAACGAGCCGUCUUGUAUACACAUUGAUACGCAUCAAAACGCGAUCGUGCGAUCGGGUUUCGCAAUAUAGCAGAUGUAAGAAGACACCGAGCGACAUAACCUCGAAUCUAACGGGAUGGAGAGCAACAGGUGUAUAAUAACAACGCUCGUGCGUGUGGAUGCUACUGUUCCGUGACUAACUAAAUGACGCAUCUGUCGUAAUUUAUGGAGGAUAUUUUUUUUAAAGCUUUUUUUUUACAUUCACAUGUAAUAUUCAUUUUAUUUUUUUUAAUAAUUUUACGAGAUAUCUUCUUGCAAAUAUAAUGGUUGUGAAUUGUGACCUAUAAUAUAACGAUAAUUGAGUGAAAUUAGCUUCGGCUUCAUGUACAUAUUUUAAUGCGACGCACUAAUCUUGCGCAAGAUGUCUUAUAUUCAGCCGCAGAAUUCUAAUCGAGUUAAUUCGAUAAAGCAAAAAUUCGAAUCUGCCAGUCCAAGCCCGGAGAGGGAUAAUUCGAGUGAGAAGAAGCGUGACGACGAAAAAGUGAAGGAAUCGCUAUGCCGGACACUGAGUGCGUCUCCUGUUGUGCUGAGGAAGAAUUUGAAGCUCCAGGUUACAAGGCAGCUCUCAAAUCCUGGUAGAAAUAUUAAAAGAAGCCCUGCUUUUCGGGGAGACAAAUUGGCUAGGACCAAGAAUUUGCAUUCCCCUACCAAGGAGAGGAUCGUUUCGUUGGUCGAUAAGAAUGUCAAAUUGUUCGAGGAUAAACCCGAGUACGGUAAACUCGGUAAGGUCAAAAAGAAAUCGAGAUACAACGAACAUGAAAUGGGAUACGACGACGUGGACUCGAUCAUGCUGUCCGAUAAUUUAAAUAGAGAACUUCACGACAAUGGCGGAUAUGGCAGAUUGUUGCCGAGAGAAAAAGAAAAGCCAAAAGGAUCACGAAGCCAGUCUUCGGAACGUUUGGGGAACAGGGAAAUAUCGCCUGCAUCAAGAGCGACGAACGAGCAACGCAUAGACUCUGUUAGAACGACCGUUAUAUCAAGACAUAAAAAUAUAUCCGCGAUUUCUGAGGGGAUCCGAGACGAGAACGAUGACAGUGAAAGUCCACUGGACAGACAUGAAAUUAGGAAAAAUAACAGUACCGAGGUUUGUCUCAAACUUGACAAAUUUACGAAGAACGGUGUCGAGUACACGAAAGUAAUGAAACCCAAACAUAAUCAAUUCAAUGAACAGAAGACGAAUAACGAUGUGUCAACGCAUAAAUACAGCAAGGACAAUGACAACGAGGAUUAUAACGACGAGAUCUGCGAUAUCAGGGAAGAAUUAUCGAGAAGAAAAUCCAAAGUAAGAGAAAAUGACAAUGAAUCCUCUCCACUUGCUAGUAAAAACAAGUUGUUUGGAGUAGCAAGUCGACAUUCUAAGAAUAGCUCCGAAGCAGGUCGAAUAAUUGACUUGUUUGCAAACAGCAAAGAUUCUCCGUCGGCUCAAACCAACCUUGACUUUGUUCCUGUAAAAGACAUUAUUUUAAGAGACAAAAGACAUAAUUUAACAUCGAGAAAAUCUUCGAUACUUGGCGCAUCGCCACCAAUGUUCGAGAACAAACUGACCGACACGUUGAAGGCAGCUCUCAAAGCCCCUCUUCCUUCUGGACCACCGCCCAAGAAACCUCCUAGAACCUUUGCUCAUAGUCCGACAACGAACAGGUCUCCAGUCGACGACUACGAAGAAGUAAAUGGGUUCUGGCAGAAGAAAAAAUUUGAAAUCAAUCAGAGUGUGGGCCAAAAUGUUUCUGAUACAACAGCACAAAAAAUAAAUAGUUUCUUGCACGAUGCUGGCACUCAGCAUUUGAAGAGAAGAAAUUGUGUGAAGAACAGAAAGGAUACUCGUUUCAAUUACCCUAAUUCAGGUAAUAUUGAGCACAGCGAUUUUCCUGAUCAGGAAAAAAUGCCCAGCGUACCACAGAGAGUUCCAACCCUGGACAGCCUUUUAUAUAGGAUAAGAGGUCGAAGCGAAGAAUCCUCAGACGUUAUUAAGGAUGUCGAUAAUUCAACAGAUUAUGAGCCUAUCGCUGUGCCUGAUUUAAACAGUGAGAAUAAUAUUUCGAUACCGUUGUCCAAGCUGUGCAUACAAUCGGGUAAAGAAUCAGAUGCCGAAAAGAGUUUCUCACCCUCAGAUUCUUCUCCUGCGAGGGAAAAAAGUUUUCCGUCAACUGGUGCCCUGAACGACUCUGCAUCGUCUGAAGAAAACUCAAGUUCGCCGUUGAACAUUUCUUACUCACCUAAGAAGUUCAAAACGUCACCGAUUAGGUCUUUCGGUUCAUUGAAUUCAAGAUCAAGGACAAGCAGGGAUUCCAAGGAGAUGUUGGAAAAGUUGGAGCAUGUUUUGAUACAACAUCAAAAAGCUUGCGGUCCAAGAGUAAUCGUCCCUCGGCAAGAUAAAACUGACCUCGGCAUUACUACAAGUCCGAAAGUGAAAGUUGAAGUUGAAGAAGAUACCGAAAACAGCAAUGUUACAAGGCACAGGGAAAUAUUUCAGAAAACAUUAUCUCGAACUUUGGAAGAGGGUGGAAGGCUUGGGCCUCUACCCAACGUACCCAGUGCUCCGGAAAGGAGCAGAAACUUAGGAUUCGACUGUUUACCUUUGCUGAACUGUGCUGGAAAUUCUAGUAUCUAUGAGCAAAUACAGAACCCAGAUUUCAAGACUUACUUAACUGAUACUAAAAACUCUCGUUCCAAUUCCCUGAGAAGAUCUGAAAAUAUUUACAGUAAAUUUGGCCAUGCUAUUACGCAUAAUUCACAAUUCUACGUCGCUGAUAGCAUGGAAAAUUCACUAAAUUUUACAAACCCCGAUCCAUACGACACUUUGCUCGUCAGUCCAGCGUCAAAAAGAUUGUCAUCGGAGUUGACAACGUUUUCCGACGCCAAAAAACACGUAACCAACGCUUCGAACAAGGAGGAACACGUUUACGCCGAACCCUUUACCUUCAACAAGAAUUUCAGCACAGAUAUCACGGGAUUGAAAUCAGCCACGUCUUCUCCCAGAGUCGAGAGACGGUUUGGCAUUAAUAAACGAGAGGAUAGUCCGAAAAGUUUCCCAAAAGGAGCGGAGUUGCAUUACAUGUGUACUCCCAUACCAACCGCUUGCGUUGAAACCAACAAUAACCAUAUUGAAAAUGAGUUUGCAAUGACGAAUAAUCGUCAUGAGAACAACGUCCCUAAGAAAUCGCUACUCAAGUUGGCGAUCCUGACGCGUCCUUCGCCCGACAAGUUUGAUAAGACCAAGAUAGAGCAGUUGCUGGAUCAAGCAUUCGGCCAGCCGGUUAUGGCUGGAUCCCAAACACCGACGGAUUCGAAUACUUCGUCUGACACCGACUCUUUGGCCUCAUCGACCUCGAUCACGGAAGAAUACUCGACCUUCAGUGAAAAACUCCAGGUGUUCAAAGAGAAGCAGAAACCGUUUCGACCGAGCAAAGCGGAACUUCACAGAAGCCAGACUGAUAAGAGGAAACACUACGUUAGACGGGUUUCAUCAAAGUUUUCGGAACGCAAAGAAGGUCCCGUAGUCAGCAAACUGGUUGAUAAUCUUUUCGAAGUCUGUCUCCUGGUUGAAAUUAAUCUUAGUACCAGGAAACCAUACGUUAAGGAUCAAUAUCCGAUACAUGCAAAACCCCCGGCAUGGAUAGAGUACUUCUGUUUUCCCGACGGACUCGAUUGGCCACCUUUGGAAUCGGAUCAAAACCUGGCGUACACGUUCGUCUUGACGGACGAGAAAGGAAAUCGGAGAUACGGCCACUGUCGUCGAGUCAGGCCAGAAGGAGCACCCGUUUGUCUACCUCUGGCAUACUGCCUAAUCACGAAGCACCGGGCGAGUGGUUUUUACGCGAAACUCUUGGAUGAGCUCGAGUCGCGGCACGGCCAGCCGGAUGUAGCGAGGCGAAAUUUUAUCGAGCAAUUAUACAACAGCAGAAUGCCGGAAGCUGGGCAAGUGCUGAGGUUCAAACCCAUUGUGACCGAGACUGAGGAAGAUUGCGACGGGUCAUCAAGCGGCGCCGAUAGCCCGACGUUUAACAACAACGUUGUUCUUGGUAACAAGUUCACGAAUUCUUACGGCCAAACUCGCAGCAUAGGUAUGCCGAAGCUCACCACCGCGGCCUUGUUGCAUCAUGAAAAAUCCAAGGGUACCGAAGACUCUUUGAACGAUCGGGAAUCCACGAACGACGAAUACACCAUAGUUAGACUCGAUGAUCAUCGACUGGAGGAAAGGGAUAUGAGUCAGUUAUUCGACGCGGUUUCCGUCAAAGUGUUGCUCCUUCUCUUCGCAAGUUUAUUGCUCGAACGAAAAGUCAUUCUGAUUUGCAGUAAAUUGAGUAAAUUAUCGUCAUGCGUCGAGGCUCUGCAGAGUUUACUCUACCCGUUUAACUGGCCACACCCGUUUGUACCGAUUCUGCCUAACAUUCCCGAAUUUUCUGAAAUCCCACAAGCGCCAUCGCCGUUUGUUAUUGGAAUUUUGAAACAAAGAAAUGGAAUCACUAUCGAAAUAACGCCGAUGGAAGAUGGGAUUAUUGUAGACCUGGACAGUUCAAAGGUAAUCUCAGCCGUUGGAGAUGAGUCUUCCAUUUUACCAUCAAGACUUCAGAAGGGACUGAAAUCAGCUCUACAAUUGGUGUCUAACAACACCAAAACCGGUGAUGGUUCUAGAAACUUUUUAGUUUCUGAAGCAUUUUUAAGGGUCUUUGUCGAAACUUGCGCCCAUUGCGAUUCACACAUUGUCACUCAACAAGAUGGGAAAAUCGUCUUCGAGAAAGAGUCAUUUGUAAAGGCUGGGCCAUCGCGUGGAACUCAAUACUUCCUCGAAUGGUUUGUGGAAACAACGAUGUUCAAUCAGUUUAUACACGAUCGAAUUUUGAAAAUGGAAGGGUUGAAUCUACCUUGCGUAGAUCAUAUGAAGUUAUUUGACCAAAGGGUGGCUGAGUAUUCGAAAGCUGCUGAUAAAAAUUCUCAAUCAAAGAAAGGCUUUGGUAAAAAGAAAACCCUGGGUGACCGAUUCAAAGACUUAACUAACUUUAACUAGCAGCAAAAACAAAACAAAUUGAGAUAGAAGAAGAUUUUCCAAAAAGUCGCUUCCCCAUCGAGACUGUGUCAGCCUACAGCUUAACGCUGUAUAUUAUUCCAGAAUAUCUAAUUACCAGAAAUAUUACAAGUAAAAUUACUUCAUUUUUUUUUUAUCUCGUGUCUUAAAGUGGCAUCUUGUAGCUUUAAUUAGUUUAAGCGUUGGGCUAUAUUUGUACAGACUGUUCUCAUUCUAUAGUAGCCAUUAUUAGUGCCUUCCGUAAGUAGUGAUAUGUAUGAUAGCAGUGAUAUAGGAUGAUAUGAUAAAAUGUAAGUAGUAGGUAAUCAAAUGCAUAGUGGAAAAUCAAAGGCAAUUUAAGAUAUAGUAUAGAAUACAAAUGAUGUAUACAAACUUAUAGCCAAAGUAUAUUUUCAUAGACGGAAUGAGCAUAACAAAGGUUAGUUUGACCAGUGUUGAAAAAACUCUGUUCCCUUUAAUUAAUUACUAUUAUCAUACUCAAGUGGCACAAUGUUUUUUACCUGAUAAAUUACGCUAAUUGUAAGUGAUGUUAAUUUUAUUAUUAUUAUAAUCAGUUUUUGUUUUUUGUUAUUGCCAUUACUUACUCAUACUGUGAUUAUUUAUUUCAUACUAUUCUAUCCACAUGUCCUUCUUUGUAUACAUUCUAUAAAAGAAAAACUGAUUUGCUAUAU